AUGGGCGACUCCGAAGAACCCCCUAAAGACAUUCCAUCGGCCGUUUCGCCAUCCACCAGUACUCCCGACCCCAACCUCCAGAUCAACAAUGGAGGCACGGCCAGUUCGAGUUCUGGCCUCGGGACCUCAUCGAGUGUCGGGGAUGAAGAACCAACAAGAGUUCGGUUCAGCGACAAAACCAAAUCGAUUCUGGAGGAAUCAGAGUUGUUGUUGAAGGAGCAACCAACAGCUUCUGUACUGCUCGGACUUGGGUUACCAUCAACAGCAAGAGCGACAACUUCUAGGUAUGGCCUUGACCGUGACGACACUGAAGACCAACCGACAUCUUCGAGCUACAUUUCAACAUUACGGAAUCCUCUUGAACCGUCACCGUCAUUGAGUUAUCUGUCAACUCAUAGAUACGCACUAAAUGCACCUACUUUCAACAGAGUAGACUUUGACGACGUUGUUGAUGAUGCUAUCAGGGACAGGAAACCAGCAUGGAAGCAACUACAAGAUAGCGUCAAGGAUUCUUAUACUAAAGUAAGCGGUUUCACGUCCAACUAGAAAAACCUACUGUUCAACCAAUAAAAUAUAAAGCUUUAUAUGUUUUCGUUUUGCAGUAUAUUCAAAUAUAACUCCGUAACACAAGUCAAUUUUAGCCAAAACGAACCGUCGAUAGAAACAAAGACAUAAACGAAUUCAUGGAUCUCAAUGUAUUAAACCGCCGCCGUUCCCGCCGCUCCCAAUCGCCCUUCUCCAACCUCGAUGGUGAGAGUCUAUCGCCACGGAAGCUUUCAUGGUACGCUAAUGGGGCCAUGGAGCCACGAGGGCUGAGGAAAACUGUUUCUUCAGCUUACGUCCCGCCUGGUCCCUAUGCUGCGCCAGCUCUUGAGAGGACAAAAGGUAUCGAAGGUCGAUCACGGUACGACAAGCUCGUCGAUGACAUUGAAGUACGGUUACUAAAGACGACGUUACUACCCGAAUAUAUGAAGACCGUGACAAAACGAGAGUUUAGACGAGCACCUGGACCAAGUUCAGGUAGCGCAGCUGAAGGAAUUGUCAACGACGCAGAGCUAGCGGUAAGUAUAAUAAAACUAUUUUUUACUCUAAGUCUGCAGAAAACAAUUGUGUUAAGAUUAGACAAAAGACAAUGGCUAGCCUUAAAAUUUCAGGAAUACGCGCCAAAACCGUACUACAGUCGACCAACACGUCGAGAUCCCGAUUACUUUGAUUUUGAUCUCGAACAUUCAGUCGACAUGUAUCGAAGACCUGAAGGAAGAUAUUAUCCACGAGGGUAAGGCUACAAGUCCCAAAAAUAAAAUGAAUUUAUUCAACCAAAAGUGGCGGGACAAUUAAUUUGUUUUUUAACUAAAAGUGUCCCGCUACUUUUGGUUCAACCUGUUCCAACACUCACAGUAAUACUAAGAAGUAUCCAGAUGAUUAUAAUAUAACGGUUUUAGGCCACAAGAUUACGAACAGAAAGUGUUGAGUGAUAUCAGAGGCAAAGGAGAAGCCCCGAUCUCUGGCCACAUUUUCAACAACACCGUCGGCGACUGGCGCAACACGGGAACAUCUUACCUUAGCGCUGCGCUUAGAACACCCUCAUUCUGGGAACAUCGAUUUAAGAACAUUGGAUCUCAAGUUAGAGACUCGAACCCAAUUAGUUUGGAUAGCAUUAAUAGGUAAGCUAAAGAUCCAACAACUGUUUCUUGGCUGAUAUUAUGUUAGGGACACCUACUUCAACAGUUAUUGAGCGUUAUAAACGUAUUUUUAUCAAAGUAACAGCUUGCAACUGAAUUUCCAUAAAAUUAUGAACAUAUUUAACAUUUCAGAAACCGACCCACCCCCAACCGUUUCACUGAAUACAAGGACCCGGACUUUGAAGGUCUCAGCGAUGUAGACGACGACUAG